CGCUGUGAGGAGCUUGGUGCUCUGAGCAGACGACGAAGCGCAGUAAAAUGGAGGACAUUUGCGACAAGAAAUCGAGAAAGAGAAACUUUUCGGCGACAGAAGUCGAAAUUCUUACUGAAGAAGUUGGCAGCAAUUCCGAUGCGCUGUUUUCAUCUUUUUCUUCUUGCAUCACCAACAAUCGAAAGAAGAAAAUAUGGGAGGAUAUUCUGACAAAGAUCAACGCCAAUAACACGGAGGUAAGGACUGUGCCUCAGCUGAAAAAGAAAUGGCAGGACCUCAGGGCUGCAGCCAAGAAGAAGGAGGUGACAAGGAGGAAGGAGAGUGUGAGAACUGGUGGAGGUGGCCCUCCUACGCAACUCACUACUGUUGAACAGAAGAUUGUGAGUUUGAUUCCUCCUUGUCAGAUUGAAGGAAUUGCUUGAGGAUUUGAUUCAGGGGUUGAUGGGUGUUUUCUGUACGAUGCUUUGGAGGCUGAUCCUGAUGUGAGCACAGCAGCAAUGGCUACAUCUUCAUUGCCCCAUGACUUUAAUGGUA